UUUUUAAAGUAUUAGAGUUAUUAAAUUAAAUAUCAAAAAUUAAAAUUCAAAAUUGAAUUAUUUAUAAUAUUAUUUUUUUAUAAAAUCAAAAUUCAAUUGGGACAAAUGUGGGAUGCAACCCCCAAAUAUGGUUGGUUUUGCUUGACUUUAUAUAAAUGGAAUGGCGAGUUUAGACGAUCCUAGCUUGUUACAAUAAUGAGACUCUAUCUGGACCUGAUAGAUUUGGAGCGGAUUUGGUCUGGAUCUGGGCCAUUUACAGGUCUAGACAUGAGUAACAACUUGAAUAGAAAGCACAACAAUGAAAUAAAUGCCAUGACUUCGAGGGUUGAAAGUAAGAGGUAGGAAGAACGUAUGCAAAUCAUGAAGAAUCAAGUACAAUGUUGCUAAUACUUUUUCUUCUUUAUUAUUAAUUUUUUAAUCCUCAUUUGGAAGAUCACGUAGUACAAUUAUUUAGACUUGUUCGAUUAACCUUUGUCUUUUUGUUGGAAUACCAAAAAUAAAGAAUAAAUUGAUAGACUAUAUUUUAAAAGAGUGCAGUUGUAAGUUAUAGAUUAAUAGAUGACUGAUUAGAGUAAUUAUAGGGAUUGUACAAAAGUCAAAACUUUUUAUUUUGUAGAAUUGUCUAAUUCCUUGAUUGUUGUACAUUCUAGAUGGCAAGUUUUUAGAUCUUUUGUUUAUAUAAUUUUGUAUAGAAGAGUAUUCCAUAUGAUUGAAAUUUUUCUUUCAUCUAAAAACUACUUUCUGUUCAUGGUAUCAGAGCUAGCGACUACUGGACGAUUCCUUCAUGUCCGAUUAAGUCAACCAUACUUACCAGUUCCUAUUCUUAUGGAGGACAAUCGCUCUUCUUUUGGCAACCCUUUUGCCACUUCUUUAAUCUCUAAUGUUCCAUCUCGGCUUAUUCCUUCCAACACCUCAAACCUUGAUUUUCGUUCCUUUCAAAACACCCAACACAUUGAAUGGGACUAAUUUCUAGGAAUGGUUUCAAUCAGUGUUGCUGGUUAUGAAGGGUAAAGGAAAGGUAGGCUAUCUUGAUGGCUCACUUCCCAUGCCUCGAACAACGACACCUCACUACUCAACCUGGGAUGCUAAGAAUUUGAUUGUGAUGACUUGGCUCAUCAAUUCCAUGGAGCCGAAGAUGAGAAAGACAUACUUGUUUUACAAAAUUGCAAUGGAUAUUUGGAUAGCUGUGCAAAAAAUUUAUUCAGACCUGGAAAACACCUCACAAUGCUUUGAGAUUCGAUUUGUCAUCAGGACUACUCGACAAGAUACUAUGUUAGUUACUGAAUACUACAAUAUUUUAACAAAAUUGUGGUAGGAAAUGGAUUUGUUCUAUGACAUAAACUGGCACUAUUCUGAAGAUAGUGCCAAAUAUGCCAAGAUUCUUGAGAAGGAGUGAGUGUUUGAUUUCAUGCACGGACUCAACAAGGACUUUGAUGAAGUAUGCAGCUAACUCCUAGGUUCUAAACCUUUUCCUUCUAUUCAUGAGGCCUUUGCUGAAAUUAUAAGAGAGAAAAGCUGCAAGAAACUGAUGCUUAACAACUCAUCUCCUCAGAUUCCAGAUAGAGAACAAAUGGAGAUUUUGAAAACUCUAUUUUCCCAUCCAAGGUCUCUAAGGAACUUGAACCUAUAAUCUCCAAUGUUGCAGUCUCAGUUGCUCAAUGAGGACUUGUUUUUGGGGAAGAUGAUUAGCAAUGCUGAAGGAAAGAAUGCUUCUACUGCAUCUUGGUGGAGAGAAUAUAGGCUACUCCGGCAUAGCUUUACAAGAUACGGAAUGAGUGGGGCUUCUAGAAAGCGCAAGUCUCUGUGGGAUAGGGAUACGAAAGAAGAACCUCAGAUUCAGGCUCAAGUCGGUGAAAAGAAUCCUUGGCAUGGGGAAGAAAGCUAUUCCAGUCUUCAGCCAUCCUGGCAAGGACCACAAGGAAACAAUGGCCAGAAAGAUGACAACAGAGACCUGAAUGAUGUUGUGGGAACUGGAAGGACUUGUGAUGGGGAUAAGAGCUAUCGUAUGUCUCCUGGCUUCCAUGCACCGGGACAGCAAAGCCUAGGCUAUUCCCAUGAAAAAAGUUGGAGCCAGUCCCACAGAUACAGGAGGAGUAGGAGCAGAAGCCUGAGCAAGAGUAGGAGUAGAAGCAGGAGCAGCAGCAGGAGCAGGAGCAGAGGGAGAGGCAGGGACAGGAGUCGGAGCCAUAGCAGAGGCAGGAGCAGGGACUGGGGAAGGGGCAGGAGCAGGAGCAGGAGCCCACUUGGUGACUAUAGACGAGAAUCACAUAGAUUGAAUGACAACCGAAGUAGGUUUCCACCAUCAUCUCAAUUGUGUAGAGACUAUGCAGCAGGAAAAUGUAGAAGAGGCAGUCAGUGUAGGUACCUUCAUCAGGAUAAUCUCAAUCACAAGGAUGGGGAACGAUUAGAGAAAGAACAGACAGACAGAUGGAGAAGUAGACAGGAAGAUGGGCGAAAUCGUUAUGAUGGAGAGAAGGAUGAGUUCUUGAGGAAUACUGGCAAACCUGCAAUGAUUUGUAUUGAUUUUCUAAAAGGUAGGUGCCACAGGGGAUCAUCAUGCAGAUAUCCUCAUCAUGAUGCUACUGGUGAUAACAAAGAUAGAAGCAAUAAAUAUUCAUCAUCUGAUCAUGGUUACAAGCGACAACCGCGCAAGAGUACUCCCUGCAAGUAUUUUUUGAUGGGAAAAUGCCAGAGGGAUGACUGUAGGUUUUCUCAUGAUGAUCCAGCACAUGGUAACCUUGAAGGAAAGCCACUCGAUGAUAAGUGGGGCCGUGAUUUUGAUAACAUGAAUAAACCAUUGAAUGGUUCAGAAUGGGGUGCACCAACUUCUGUCUUGGACACUGCAGUGAACACUGGGUCCGGUAAUACUGGAAAAGGGUCUUCAAUAACUGCUGAGAAGUAUGCUGAUAAUGCAUGGGGCCAUAGUUUGGAUGAGAAUAACAAACAAUGGAAUGGUCCAAAAUGGAGUGAUGUAGCUGGUGUUUCAGGGUCUGCAAAGUCUUCUUGCUGGGGUGAUAAUAAUGUUGAAAAUGUGGAUUUAACUAAUCUGAUGAAUGCUGAGAAACAUGUUAGUAAAUGGGAUCAAAAUUUGGAUGAUGAGAGCAGAAUGCUAGGGGGUACAGUAUGGAAGGAUAAGACUGGUGAGACAUAUGAAAAUGCAUCCUCUAACUGGGGGACUGGUAGUAAUAUUGUGAAGAUGGGUGUUAGUCUAUCGGAGAACAUGGAUAAAUCAUUUGAUAGAGAAAAUCUCCCACUUCCUCCUCAUUUGCAACCUCAAACUCCAUAUGCAACCUCAAAGAAUGUUCUUGAACAAAAGAUAUUGCCAGGAGCUUCAGGCCAGCAGCUUGGUACCGUAGUCAUGCACUCGGUGUUUCCUGUAAAUUCCCAGAUACUGCAGCACCAUAGUAAGAUAGGGGACAGUGAUGAUUCUAACUCAGUCACCAAAGCAAACAUCAGCGGAAAUGCUAGACAUCCUAAUCUUGUGCCUGGAGAGAGUAUAAUUCAAAAUGCUGAUAAUUUUGGCUCUCUAACACCAAGUUUUGCUGGAAUCAGUCAAACUCAGCAUGGUACUUCUGGAAACCCCACAAAUGGGCAUAAUAUUGAUUUGAAUGGCCCGGCGCAACAGAAUUUCUUUUCUUCCAAUCUUCAAAUACAGGCACAAAUUCAGCAUGGAGAAUCUGCCAAAACAAUAAAUAAUCCGGGAUUGCAUCAGAGCAUUAUGAACAGUGAGCAGGUUGGGCAAAUAACAAAAUUUCCAGCAUCUCUAACUCAGAUAUUAGGGAAUGGGCAACUUCCUCAGCUAUAUGCCGCACUGAAUCCCCCAAAUUCCAGGGAAUUGGUGUCUUCUCAUCCUGAUUCUGUGAGUCUUCCACCUCCCACUACUUUAGUGGGCUCUCAGCAUGUUCCACCUGCUGUGUCCCAGGAACAAUAUGAUCCUGUAGGUAACAGCAUUGAAACCAAUAAACCCAGCAACUCCAAUCAACCCCCUGGAUUUUUGUUAAACCGUGUUGAGCAGAAAAAUCAAAUGCUUUUGGAACGACCAUCUCCAUCAUCUGCUGUUGGGGUCGACUCUGCCAAUCUCCACAAUAAUGGCUGCCCUGACGAUAAUCACCACAGAAGUCCGGAGUUGGGACAGCAGAAGGCAACUGAAAAUUCACAAAUUGAGGAAGAAAAUAAAACAGAAGAUGAGAAAUGCAAGCAAGAGCCUGAAAAAUCUUGUCAAGGAAAUGUGGACUCAGACGUUAAGGUUGAGGACGGCACUAAUGGGAAGGAUGAAAAGGCAAUGCGGUUAUUUAAAAUUGCACUUGUGGAGUUCGUUAAGGAGAUUCUAAAGCCCAAAUGGAAGGAAGGCCAGAUGAGCAGGGAAGUUCACAAAACCAUAGUAAAGAAGGCGGUUGAUAAAGUGACCAGCACAAUUCAGGGUGCCAACAUCCCAAAAACGCAAGAAAAAAUAGACCAAUACCUCUCAUAUUCGAAAACCAAGCUUACCAAACUUGUUGAGGCCUACACAGAGAGACUUCUGAAGAGUUCUUAGAAUGGCCAGUGCUGCGCUGCUCUGCUCAGGCUUUUUGCCCCUUACCUUAGUUGUAUUGGACAUUUAGUUUUCUUUUGUGCAUUCGUGGGUUCUCUGAAGCCGCUUCUCUUAAUUUCUCUGCCUCUGCCACUCUGCCACUGCCACUGCCACUGCCACUGUCAGCCUCAAGCCUGUCUUUAUAAUUAUGUGAUAUUAUUACUAUUAUUCUGUUUAGUGCUCUCCAACUUGUAGAUAUUUCGUAUGACUGACAAAUGAUGAAGACUUAACCAAGUAGGCUUCUUUU